AUGUGUCGUCUUCUCUGCAUCGCAACUGCUCUCGCCGUCUUGGCUAACUGCCAAGAAUCCCCGGCCGCCAUCCUGGGACCGUUGGUUCAGAAAUACCAAGACUACAUCUACGAGAAACAAUACGACAAACUGGAAGCGCUCUACCAUCCAAAUGCCGUGCUCAUCAUUGAUGGACAAGUGACGCCCUUCUUCCAACCCAAGAACAUCUUCGCUCAAAUCGAGGACUCUCGCUCGCGUAUCGGCAAUGUGAAGACCACCUUUGUCAAGGAAAGCUACUCGGGUGCUUCUGACGUCUUGAUGUACGAAAACCAGUGGAAGAUCAAUACUGCCAAAACCGAAAUGACGGGCCCCUACCGCGCCAUCUGGAUCAAGUACAACGGCAACUGGGUCAUCUACCACGAGGAGUACAGCCAGUUCGUCAAGCAGCUC